UCUCCCGACCAAUCACAAACGCUCUCACGCAAAGAGCUUUAUUUGAGUUUAUCCGCACGGAAAGCGUGAUACAAGGAAGAGAAUUGAAUGGAAUGCAGCUGAUUUGAUCCUUGAGGUCACGUGGAGAAGUUUGCUGCAGUGUGGUGUUGGUUCGUCUAUCAGCAGAAAUCCAGCGUGGAAGCGGUCAAUGUCUCUGCUGGAAGACAUCGCCGACCUGCUGAGAUGUGUCCUGGAAUUCUUUGGAGUGCCACCUGACAUGUUGGUUCCAGUAUGGGACAGUACAUAUUGUGGACAGUACCGGAGCAUAGUCCGUAUGAUUGGGACAAACCUUCCCCUCUCUCCUCAGCCCCGACUGCGGUUUCAGAUUCCUCUGCAGACAUUCAAUAGACACGGCCAUAUUGACGUGAUGGUGGACACUCCAGCCAUUCCUACAUUAGCGGAUGUGCUUUGGCUGGUGGAGGAUGAAGGGGACAGCCACACUAAAUUCAGGAAUGUCGUCCCGUUAAGGAAAGCUUUUGAGAUUCCCUCAUUGGGGUCUGAACGUUCAUUGUCCGUGUCCGUCCCGGCUCAGAGGGGAGGCAGGGCGCUGGGACAGGGCACCCAGCCAGAGGCCCUGCAGAAGAUCUCAGCUCUGGAAGAGGAACUGCAGAGACUACGCGCACAGAUCGCUAUGAUAGUCUCAGCUCCAGCAGGCCCUUCUGUUCUUCCAGCUGAUCCUGGCACUCCAUGCUCUACUCCUCUACCAGUUCCUGUCCUCACUUCCACUCCUGUCUGUCCUCCACCUCCACCACCACUUCCUCCUCCGGCUAUGGGCAGCUGUGUGGAGGUAUCUGUGUCAGAUGUGAUUCGACAAAGACAGUCAGCAAAAAGAGAAAAGCUUGCACAGUGUGGUCCAUCUGCAGGUACAGUGGCUGCUGCCCUGCCUUCCAUGUUAGAGGUGCUGAAAGACAUGAAUCAAGUCAAACUGCGUUCUGUGGAGAGAUCUCCAGGUGGAACUCCAGUAAGGAGACGGAGAAGUAAAGGUUUAGCAUUUUCAUCUGAUCCAGCAGCUCUUAUCGCUGAAGCACUGAAAAGGAAGUUUGCACACAAACAGCGGGACGAUUCGUUUGGUAAAGAGAACUGCUCUGCUGAACCCUCACCUUUCAGCAGUCCAGACACUCCCAGGAUUCUCCCUCACUCCAGACGCAGCCAGGGACGCAUUCACCUUUGACCCUCAACCUUAAAGUCUUCCAGGGACAAAGUUGUGUCACUGACUGACGUGACGGACAGAU